CCCCUUUGGCGUGGGGCCAGGGACCACUUUGCUCCACUUUCCGGAUCUCCCCUUUCGCCCACCACGCGAUCCCCCCUUUCUCAGCACUCAGGGGUGAACAGAACUCAAGCCGUCACCAGGAAGGUCCUAGCCCAACCCAAGAAGUAACGGGACCGAGCCCGAUGGGGCGGCCCUGGAGGAAAGCUGGAGGGAGCCCUCGCCCCAACUCCCCUCCCCCUUCCUCACUUCUUUCUGGGUCCCCAUUGGCUGGCGCGCCCAGAGGCUAGGAUGGCAGUGGGAGGGGACCCUCUUUCCUAACAGCGUUAUAAAAGCAGCUCCCUUGGCGGGGUCCAGUCCUCUGCCACUCUUGCUCCGGGGACCCUGUACCAGAGACACCUCAGCGCUUCCACCGCUCACAUCGCCGCACCCUCGCUCGCUUCUCCGAGCCGGUCAGUGCACCCGCAGCAGCCAUGUCCACCAGGUCCGUGUCCUCGUCCUCCUACCGCAGGAUGUUCGGUGGCCCCGGCACGUCCAACCGGCAGAGCUCCAACCGGAGCUACGUGACCACGUCCACCCGUACCUACAGCCUGGGCAGCGCGUUGCGCCCCAGCACCAGCCGCAGCCUCUUCUCGUCGUCCCCGGGUGGCGCCUAUGUGUCCCGGUCCUCGGCGGUGCGUCUGCGGAGCAGCAUGCCCGGAGUCCGACUGCUGCAGGACUCGGUGGACUUCUCGCUGGCCGACGCCAUCAACACCGAGUUCAAAAACACCCGCACCAACGAGAAGGUGGAGCUGCAGGAGCUCAACGACCGCUUCGCCAACUACAUCGACAAGGUGCGCUUCCUGGAGCAGCAGAACAAGAUCCUGCUGGCGGAGCUGGAGCAGCUCAAGGGCCAGGGCAAGUCCCGGCUUGGGGACCUGUACGAGGAGGAGAUGCGCGAGCUGCGGCGGCAGGUGGAUCAGCUCACCAACGACAAGGCCCGCGUUGAGGUGGAGCGCGACAACCUGGCUGAAGACAUCAUGAGACUCCGGGAGAAAUUGCAGGAGGAGAUGCUCCAGAGGGAAGAGGCCGAGAGCACCCUGCAGUCUUUCAGACAGGAUGUUGACAAUGCUUCUCUGGCACGUCUCGACCUUGAACGUAAAGUGGAAUCUUUGCAAGAAGAGAUUGCCUUUUUGAAGAAGCUGCACGAUGAGGAAAUACAGGAGCUUCAGGCUCAGAUUCAGGAACAGCAUGUCCAGAUCGAUGUGGACGUUUCCAAGCCCGACCUCACUGCUGCUCUGCGGGAUGUCCGCCAGCAGUACGAAAGUGUGGCUGCCAAGAACCUCCAGGAGGCAGAGGAAUGGUACAAGUCGAAGUUUGCCGACCUCUCGGAGGCUGCUAACCGGAACAAUGAUGCCUUGCGCCAGGCAAAGCAGGAGUCAAAUGAGUACCGGAGACAAGUGCAGUCCCUCACCUGCGAAGUGGAUGCCCUUAAAGGAACUAAUGAGUCCCUGGAACGCCAGAUGCGUGAAAUGGAAGAGAACUUUGCUGUUGAAGCUGCUAACUACCAGGACACUAUUGGCCGCCUGCAGGAUGAGAUUCAGAACAUGAAAGAAGAGAUGGCCCGUCACCUUCGUGAAUACCAGGACCUGCUCAAUGUUAAGAUGGCUCUUGACAUUGAGAUUGCCACCUACAGGAAGCUGCUGGAAGGCGAGGAGAGCAGGAUUUCUCUGCCUCUACCAAGCUUUGCAUCCCUGAACCUGAGAGAGACUAAUCUGGAUUCACUCCCUCUGGUUGAUACCCACUCAAAAAGGACUCUUCUGAUCAAGACUGUUGAAACCAGAGAUGGACAGGUUAUCAAUGAAACUUCUCAGCAUCAUGAUGAUCUUGAAUAAAAUUCGCACACAUUCAGUGCUACAAUACAGUACCAGCAAGAAGAGAAAAGAAAUCCAUAUAUUAAGGAAACAGCUUUCAAGUGCCUUUCUGCAGUUUUUCAGGAGCGCAAGAUAGAUGUGGAAUAGGAAUUAGCUCUAGUUCUUAACAACCGACACUCCUAAAAGAUUUAGAAAAAGGUUUACAGCAUAAUCUAGUUUACAAAGAAGUCUUGUGCUAGAAUACUUUUUAAAAAGUAUUUUUGAAUACCAUUAAAACUGCUUUUUUUUCCAGCAAAUAUCUGACCAACUUGUUACUGCUUCAAUAAAUAUUUGGAAAUACUC